AUGCAACUAAAGGUUUAUAUAUUUGUUCUUUUAAUAUAUUUGUAUUAUUUUGUUUCUUUUUCCAAUACAUACCAAUAUAUUUCAAAUGAUGAUCAAAUUUGUUUAAAAAAUUUAAUUUCAGUCACAGGAAAAUCAAACGAUUUUAUCAGCUAUUUUGAAAAUAGCAUUCAAUCAUAUUCGGUAUCUAUUUGUUCAAGUGAUUCAUUUAUUUGUGAACAAGAUGUGGAUGAGAUAGGAGAUUCAAUUUAUUAUAUUACACGUAUUACUCUUAAAGCUUCCCAACUUCUUAAUCCAAUUUCACAACAAAAUUUUAAAUGUUUUGGAAGAUUAAACUCAAUGAUAUUGUAUAAUUAUACCAUUUCUGAUGGAGAGGCUUUUUUUGAUACUUCCAUUUCAGCUAUUAAUUUUUUUUUUUGUAAAAAUAUUACUAUUCCUACAACAUUACCAAAAAAUUUAACAAAAUUAUAUUUAGUUUUAGAAGAACCAUUAAAUAAUUAUAAUGGGGUUAUUAGUAGAAAAAUAUUUAAUCACUUGAAUUAUUUUUCCAUACUUUUACCUAGUAAUAUUUAUCCUCAACUUGACAAUAUUCUCCCAACUUUAGAAGAUUUUGAUCCAAGCCAACCAAAAUAUAGUGUAGAGACCAUUCAAAUGCAUGUUAGAUCUGUUCCUGAUUUCACAAAUAUUUCAAUUGAAUUAUUGACUUUAAUGAUUGUAUCCAAUCCAAUAAAUGGUAAUAAUAUAAAUACCUAUUCAUCUGUAAAGAAUUUGGUCAUUCAUUCAUUACAAAGUUUUAUUGACUUUCCAUUAUCAUUAUUUUUAAAUCCAAACCUUUGUGAAUCUUUUUCUUUAUAUGGUUAUAUAAGCCCAUUGAAUUCGACAAUUGAUUUAUCAAAUUCAAAACAACUAAAAUAUUUUAAAAUAAAUCCCUCUUCAAACAGUUUUGUUUUUCCAAUCUUAAACUCUGCUCUUCCAUUAACAAAUCUUCCAGGAUCUUUACAAGAAUUUAUAAUAGCCAAUGGUGGAAUUGCCACUAUUCCAAAUAAAAAUAUAUUUAUGAAUGUUAAAUCGGUGAAUCUUGGAAAAAAUUCGUUGUCAGGACCAUUACCAGACUUUUUGUUAAAUAGUACAGCGAAUUUAAAUUUUGUUUAUAAUAACUUUCAAGGCUCAAUACCCGAUAGUUUUUGUAAUACCCUUUUAAAUGUUUCAUUUAAUAUUGGUAUAACUAAUAUACCAGUUUGUUAUUCAUGUUAUAUGAGUUCACAAUAUGAUGUACUUUCUUAUUUAAUUAAAAACACCAGUGUUUCAGAAUUAAAUUUUCCAAAAUGUAUAAAUAACUCACCAAUACCAAAUAUAAUAUUUAUAAACAAUAGUUUUACUCUAUGGGGAGAAAAUUUAGGUUACAAAAUUCCAAUCUCUAAUCAACCCAACACAAUGUCAAUGAUAAAACCAAACAAGUUAUUUCAAGGCCAAGUAACCAAUAUAGGAUCUAAAAAAGCUAUUACUUUUGAAUUUAUAGGUAAAAAUUAUACAUUAUCUACUUAUUCAAACUAUCCAAUUAUUGAAACAAUAACAUCUCCUCUUGUUGGGAAUACAUAUACUUUUAUUGGAUCAUUCUAUUCUUAUAAUAAAAGUGAUAUUUCAAUUACAAUUGAUGGUAAUGAUUGUCAAAUUUUAUCCACUACUUUCAAUGAAAUAAAUUGUUUGAUGGGCUUUAGUCAAUUAAAACCAUAUAGAAUUGUUUUAUUAACCUCGUUUGGUUUGACUACUCAAGUUACAAUUGAGAGGGGUCAAGUAAUUAAUAAUGUUACUAUGUGUUCAGUUGAUUGUAAUAAUGGUAUUUGUUUUACUGGCAAUGGAUCAUGUAUUUGUAAUAGUGAAUAUAAAGGAAAUGAUUGUUCAAUUUUAAUAAAUAAUUGCCUAUAUGGUGGUGAAUUAUUUUGUGGUGCUUUUGGACAAUGUAAUAAUCAAACUGGUAUUUGCAUUUGUGAUAAUAAUCAUCAAGGUUUAAAUUGUGAUUUACCUUUUAUUGAUUGUGGUGGUUGUAGUGAAAUAGAUGCAAUAGAUAAUGUUUGUAAUAAUAAAACUGGUAUUUGUACAUGUAAUAAACUUUAUACUGGACAACAUUGUGAGACACCUCUACAAUACAUUUCAUCAGUUAUUCCAUCUUCAACAGAUGGUGGAUUAGUUCAAAUAUUUGGCUGGUUUGGAUUCUCACAUAAUAAUUUAACUAUUCGAAUAGGAAAUUUAGAUUGUAACAAUUUCAUUAUAAAUAGUUCAUAUGCCUCUUGCUCAAUUGGUGCUGGAUCAGGUACAAAAUCUGUAAAUCUAACUCAAAAUGGUAUUGUAUAUAUAGCAAAAGAUAUUUACCAUUACUCUGAAAUGGUGUAUAAAUGCCCAAAUGAUUGCUCUGGCCAUGGAGUUUGUAAUACGUUGGUGGGUGAAUGUAAAUGUAAUUCAGGUUGGGGUGGCUUCGAUUGUAAUGCUAAAAACAAUAAUCCUCCUUCCUCAACCACCUCUCCUACUACCACCUCCUCAACUCCAAGUGAAACAUCUGGACCAAUUAGACCUCCUGACUCUGAAACCAAUGUUAACAAAACCGAUGGUUCAACAGUUUUAAAUAAUGAAAAAACGUCAUAUGAAAUUAAACUAUUAUCUUUGGUUGAAUAUGAUUUUAAUCAAAAAAUUGUAAAAGAAAAUAAUUUUAAAAACUGGACUACCGACAAUUCAAUAAAUAAUUUAUUUAUAUUCAACCAUACAUUAAAUGGUACCGAUUGUAAUGUAAUUUAUACUAUAGAGGAAGUAAAAACCACAAGAGAACACUCCUUUGGUGGAUUGAAUUUAACUUUAGAUGCAAACUCAAUUAAAAUAUCAAUUGUUAUUGAAAAUUACCCAUAUAUUAGCUCCCUAAAUACAUUACAACUUCAAAUGGAAUCGAUUGUAAGUGAUGAUGACAAAAUCAAUAAACCUAAUGAAUGUAAUCUGGAGGAAACCAAAAUAGAUACAAGCCAAAUAGAAAAUGACCAAUUAUAUUAUUAUUUCAAAAAAUAA